UGAACAAUAGAAAUUUAUUCAAGAUAUUACAUGUAUAAAUAAUGAAACAUGUUUUAAAUAACCAUAUGGAUCACGUAACUCUAAAAAUAAAAUUUGAUAAGAUGAAAAAACAUAUAUAAAAAAUUGAUCUAUUUACAUGUAACUGGAGGUUUAGAAGCUUAUUAAAUUUUACAAUAGGGUUUGAACAAUCGUAACAUUAAGCAUCUACUGCAGUUAAUUCUUACUCACUGUAUAUAAAAUAAUAAUUUUGCAUCUUUGGAUUAUUUGCUAAAUUAAGUUCUAACAUAUUAAGUAAUUUUAAUAAAUAUUAUCACUUGAACUUCAAAACAAAUCCCUUGAAGUUAAUUUAGUAUUGUUUAUAGCCGUCAUCCAUUUAGUAAAAAAAAUGCAUUACAUUAAUAGAUUAGUAAUAUUAUACACAACAUUUAUUGAAAGUCAUUUUAAAAAAUUAGAAACUAAUGUUACUGUACACAAUCAACAGGACACAAAAACAAUCACAGCGUCAUAGAUGAACAAUGUAUAUUAACAUGAAAUUAUCGUCUAUAAAAUAGGUGUUUUGUGAUCCUACCCACGUCCACCUUCUAGAUAAGAACCCCGCUCCAUGGAUGUUUGAAACACUCAAAACCCGGACAAAAGAAACACUCCGCUCUUUAGAAGUUGGGCUUGGUGUCCAUUUAUAUAUAUCCAUAUAUAAGACCCUAACUCAAUUCCAAAUUGAAAAUUCAUCCUACGGAACUUUCUACGUUAUUCAGUUUCUUGCGAUAAACUUUAUAGUUUUUCUGUGCUCUUAAGAAUUAGUCAUAAACAACCAUAAAAGCGAAGUUGAUAAUUUCAAAAAAAAGAUAAAAUAAACAUCUCGUCAGCGAUUGCAUUUACAGACGAUAUACUAGAUUAGGAAGAAUCCUGUCAUAUGGCAUGACACAAUUACUUCGUUUAGUUUCCGAACAACAGAUCACACUUUUGUUAUGUUUAUUAGGAGCUUAUUAUAAUUGCUAAUCUUUGAUCUAUGUCAAUUGUCGUCAUUCACUCAGUUGAGUUUCAGUCGUGAUAGUUUAAGUGUCUGACUUUUGGUGUUUUGUCGAUUAACCCCAUAUUUUUCAUAAUUUUGUUUUAAAUAUUGAACGUACAAUAAUUGGACCAAAUACUGGUGUAAACAAUGGCAGUAUCUGUUCGAGGAAUAUCUCAUCGUCUAGGACACCUGAGUGGCGUUUUAUCUACUGUAAAAAUAUUUCCACGAACUUACUUCACUUAUACAAAUGAACCUGCUCAACCGAUCAAAGGCAAAGAACCGAAAUGGACAACCGCUGAAGAUGCUUUUCAAGAUUUGAAGUCAGGGGAUACUGUUUUCUCUCAGGGAGCAGCAGCUACUCCAAUUGAUUUAUUGAAAGCUAUGACAGAGGUAGGAAAAAACAAGAAGCUUGAAAAUGUCACAGUUUGUCACAUGCACACUGAAGGUCCAGCAACAUAUACAGAUCCAUCAUGUGAAGGAAUCUUUAGAUCAUGUUCCUUCUUUAUGGGUGGUAAUGUGAGAAAAGCAGUGGCAGAUGGUCGGGGAGAUGCUAUACCCAUAUUUUUAUCUGAAAUUCCAUUACUAUUUACCAAGAAAAUUGUCAAGCCAGACAUAGCAGUAAUUCAGGUGUCCCCUCCAGAUUCUCAUGGAUACUGUAGUUUGGGAACCAGUGUUGAUUGCGUUAGAGCUGGAAUGUCUCAUUCAAAAAUUAUAAUUGCUCAAAUCAAUCCACAUAUGCCAAGGACCUUUGGAGAUGGUAUUAUUCAUAUUAGUCAUAUUGACUAUGCUGUGAAAGUAAAUACCCCUCUACCGUGCCAUGGUGGCAAGCCUCCUACUGAUGUUGAAUUAAAAAUUGGAAAAAACAUUGCGGAAAAUUUGGUGGAAGACGGCGCCACGCUUCAAAUGGGAAUCGGCAGUAUUCCAGAUGCAGUCCUAGCCUUAUUAACUAACCACAAAGAUCUCGGCAUUCAUUCAGAAAUGUUCGCUGGUGGAGUGAUAGAUCUAGUCAAUAGAGGCUGUGUUACAAACAGUAAGAAGAGUAUCCAUAGAGGAAGGAUUGUUGGAUCAUUCUUAAUAGGAACACAAGAACUUUAUGAUUUUGUAGAUAACAAUCCAUUUAUUGAGAUGUUAGUUGUAGAUUAUGUAAACAAUACUGGUAUAAUUGCGAGACAACCUAAAAUGACUGCUAUAAACUCAUGUAUUGAAGUCGAUUUGACAGGUCAAAUUUCUUCAGAUUCUAUUGGUACGAGGAUGUAUUCUGGUUUUGGUGGUCAAGUUGAUUUUAUCAGAGGUGCUGCGGAAGGAUUGGACGGAAAAGGAAAACCAAUAAUCGCUUUACCUUCUUCUACAAAUAAGGGACAGAGUAAAAUAGUUCCAAUUCUUAAACCAGGUGCCGGCGUUGUAACAACAAGAGCUCAUGCCCAUUACGUCGUAACCGAAUAUGGUAUCGCAUAUCUUUUCGGAAAAUCUUUAAGACAAAGAGCACACGCUCUUAUCAACAUUGCUCAUCCUGAUCACAGAGAAGCCUUAGAAAAAGCCGCGUUUGAACGUCUCCAAGUAAUGCCAUCCCCUUAAGUAUAAGUAUUAAAUUACCUCAAAGUAUAAAAGAUUUUUAGAUAAAGAUGUCACUUUUAUUUUUUUUGUACAAUAAUAAUAGUAAUAAGUUCAUAUUUUUAAACGGAUCUUGUCGCUGGUAGAGAUUCUUCUCAUCUGCAGUAUCUGCACUAUAAAUAAUUAGAAGUCGGGGAAUCAGAUUAAACACUCAUAACAAUGAUGUGACACUUCUCUUCAAUUCUCGCAUAGAAGAUUGACCAAGAGGGCAACAAAAAUUCAUUUAAAGUGCCCCUCUUGCAAAUGAAAUUCACGAUCUCUUCUAUUAUUUAAUUAAGAGGGUGAUAUUAAGUGUGAAAAUUUAUAAAUUGAUACCUAAAAUCUGUUGAUUGUUUAGUCAGUCUCAUCUCAUGACAUGUUUUAUUAAUAACUUCCAAUUUUGGAAAUAGACUGUGUAAUUACUGUCUCAUACUAAUUGUUCAUUUUUAGAGUGAUGAAGUGAUAAUGCAUCAACAUUUUUUGUUUUUAGAAUUGCUUUUGUAUAUUUACAUAAAUAAAAUGGUUACAGUUU